CCCCUGCCUCGUUUUCUCCCGCCACACUCUCUGUCUUCCUCCCCUCCUCCUAAAUGCCAAACGUACAGUUACCUUACCUCGUUGGUCAAUGACAUUUUGCUGUGUAAAUAUAUACCCCCCAAAUUUCAACCAAAUCCUUUGUUAUUUUUCUUCGCAAUCUAUUGAAUUUCUCUUAAUCCAAGACCCAUUGGUUCUGCCCAGCAUUUCCAACUGCAGGAUAUAAGGCCCUAUUCAGUUCUUAGAGACGGUUAUCGGAUCAUGGGUUCACAGGAUCCUGUUCCGGCGGCUGACAAGGCCAAUGUAACGGAGGCCUCAGUGCGCGGGGCUUGUUCUGGAAAAAAGAUUCAGGGGAAAAUACCUAAGAGAAUCCACAAGUCUGAGAGGGAGAAACAGAAGCGUGAGCAUUUUAACGAGCUUUUUCUUGAGCUGGCCGAUGCUCUUGAAUUAAAUCAGCAGAACAAUGGAAAGGCCUCUAUAUUGUGUGAAGCUACACGACUGCUAAAGGACUUGAUUGGUCAGAUUGAGUACUUACAAAAGGAGAAUGCAUCCUUGUUGUCUGAAUCCAACUAUAUGACCGUUGAGAAGAAUGAGCUGAGAGAGGAUAAUUCUGCCUUAGAAACUCAGAUUGAGAAAUUACACAGUGAAAUAGAAGACAAGGUGGUCCAGUCUAAACCGGACCUGAAUGCAGCACCCCCUUGUGCAGAAUUGAGACCCGAAGUGGCAUCCCAUUUUACUGGAACUUCCAUCAGUUUGCCCACUCAAGACCACAGUUUGCAGCAAGCACCUGCUGUCUUUGUCAUGCCCCUCUGCCCUGAUCUCCAAUCCUACCCGCUGCCAGAUGCCACCCAGCUCACAUCUAACACUACCUCACAUGUGAGUAAACCGCAUGCUAGGUAUCCAACCUCGGUGGAUUCUUGGCCAUCCCAACUUCUCGGUGAGAAACCAACAGCAGGCAAAGAAUCUCGACAACUUGGUAACAGUACCAACACUUGCAGAAGCAGAGAAACCGACCCUUGAAAUGAUUUAUGUGCAAUGCUUCACUUUGUCUUGGGUUAUUUGAGAAUGCCCCAUAUUGGGUGGUUUGUAUAUUUCUUAAUGAACUAAUGUAAUACAAGCGAGUUGAGUUUGCACGAUACAUAUCUUAAUCUUAAUUUGAUAAUGUCCGCAUUCUUUUCAAUA